AUGUCUGUGGCUCGGCUCUCCAUCGAGGACAACGAUCGGGAGUCCAAAAGGUCUAAAAAGGGAGCCUUACCUGUGCUGGGAUUCUCGGACGUGGAUAAGAUUGGAACCAUCCAACUCCACGAUGAUGUUCUGGUAGUUACACUCAGGAUUGGGGGGUUUGACGUGAAGAGAGUACUAGUAGAUCAGGGCAGUGCUGUGGAAGUAAUGUACCUUGAUCUGUAUAGGGAGCUGAACCUAAAACCUGAAGACCUAACGACGUAUGACUCCCCUUUGGUGAGUUUCGAAGGGAAAACCGUUACACCAUGGGGACAGAUCAGACUGCCCAUACAGACUGGUUUAGACGUGGUGGAGGUGGAUUUCAUUGUGGUCGACGCCUAUUCGUCGUAA